UCUCACGAGCAAGGGGUUUUCCCCACUGCACCCUUCUCCCAAACCUUCCAGGCUCGUCCUCUCCUGCUGGUUCUGCUUCUUCGGCCUGCUUCCGAUUGUGUCGCCGUUGUCGUCGUCGUGAUGGUAUUCAGCGGCAGAAGGAGUUGAGGAGGAGGGCGGGCUGGAAGGAAUCGAGAGAGCAAUUUGCGGAGGAGAGUAGGUGCUUGUGGAAGUGGUGGAAGUGGUGGGAGUGGUGGUGAUGGCGUGUGCAUCGAGAGGCCAGAGGAGGAGGAGGAGUAAGGAGGAGGCCCACUGACCCCAUGAGCUCGAAGCGGCGCCGGAGGGAAACAGGGGGACAGCGACAUCAGACUGACAUCUAUUUAAACCCCCCCGCGCCCGCUACCGCCAUUGCCUAUUCUUAGCUCGAUCGCUAGCUCACACACCGUGACGCUUGCUCGCUUGCAUGCGCUUGCGUUGUCGCCUGCUGCCUCUCCUUUUUUGGCCUUCCUCCAUUUCCCUCGGAGGGAUUUGGGUGUACCUGCCACUCAAUUCCUGGUUAUCUGGAUCUUUCCGGCUCGCUGACAAAGCGUGAAGGAGGACCUUGUCAGGCGUUGCGCUUGCCUGUCCAGCCCGCUGCCGUUUGGCGUCCUUGUGGCGAGGCUUUUGUGAGCGAUACAGCUGCUGAUCAGGCGGAGGAGGUUGUUUAGAGUGGCUGUUUUGCCGGUGCGAUGCUUUCAUGGUGAGGGAGGAGCAUGGUGGAUUGAAUUGAGAUGGUCGUGCUGGGGCGAACUGUGUGACAAGGUGCAGCAAAUGAGAGGUGAGAGUGGUAGGAUUUUGAUGGGGUUGUGGUAGCGACGUGGUCAUUGGGGUGGAUCGUGGAUUGUAGCAUUGUUCAAUCGAGGACCUCUUUCGGUUCUCAGUGUUCACGCAUCUGGUUUCGAUGAUCGGAAUCGGUUUGCGCUGUGGCUGUAGAGGGGUUAAAGAGGGUGAUUUGUAGUGUGUGCCUGAAAUUUAAUACAAUUCCUUACGAGCACAUGAGUCGAGGGAAUUAAGUUGGACGACGAGAAAGUUGUUGGAGACGCCAGAAGAGCACAGUUAGCGUAGCACCUCAAAACAAUGGACUCUCUGGGGGCUGGAGUUGGGGAAUUCCGAGCUGAGAAUCACAGCGAGGAUAUCGCUUCGAUUCUUACCGCAGCCCGGCGAAACUUGAAUGAAGGAAAUCCGGUGGCUGCCUUACAUGCUGUAGUUGCAGCCCUGCGCAGCAUGGGAGGGGAGGAAGCAGUUACUUUAGCAUUAAGAAGGGCUCGAGAAGUAUACGAGAAUGGCACGAGGACAAACGAAGCUACUGACGAAAUUACAGUAUUAUUUGCCCAAUGUGCCAUUUCCACGCUUCCUCUAAGCAUUCCAGACGUAUCAGAGCCAAUGUCAGUAGAAACAGGGUUACAAGGAGGUACGACGGACAACAGUCACAAUGGCGUUCGAACCUCCAUACUGGCGGAGACUGGCAGGGAACAGGUGGUUUAUGAUGCUUCGGUUGACGGGAGUAGCUUCUUGUGUCAACAAUGUGGUGGAGUUGUCAGCAAUGGACGAAGAGAUGAGCAUUUCGCUUAUUGGUGUUCUGUAGCUCUUCGAAAUUGAAAUGAAGAAGGUUCAGCAGCACCAGGAAAUUUUGCAGGCAUUUAAUGUUGAGCAAGGAGAACUGUCAUAGUUGGAGCACGAUGGCUACAAUAUGCUUUCAUAUAAAUGCAAAUAGCCAAUCAAGUAUUCAGCCUCGUACUACUUAACUCCUGCGACUACUUCGACAUAUUCCUGGGUAUUGAGGAACUCUAACUGUAAAAGAUGCUCAUGGCAUUCUGCAGCAUCACAAGGGUGGAUGUUGCGAGUGAAGAAGCUGACAGAAGCGCUUUGCAAAUAUGACCUCCGUAAGAAUUGACCAUAUACUGAAGUUAGCACACAAGUGGGUUCAUGAGUUGCUAGCUUGUGUGAGCAUAGCUUGUAUGCACGCAUAACGUGUGAUAAUGUUUUUCCUCUAAUGUAAUCAUUUUAAAAGAAGUAUACUUAUAUUAUUGGUUUGCAUACA